CCGGGCAGAGGCGCUCCUCACUUCCCAGACGAUGGGUGGCCGGGCAGAGGCGCUCCUCACUUCCCAGAUGGGGCGGCCGGGCAGAGGCGCUCCUCACUUCCCAGAUGGGGCGGCCGGGCAGAGGCGCUCCUCACUUCCCAGACGGGGCGGCCGGGCAGAGGCGCUCCUCACUUCCCAGACGAUGGGUGGCCGGGCAGAGGGGCUCCUCACUUCCCAGACAGGGUGGCCGGGCAGAGGCGCUCCUCACUUCCCAGACGCGGCGGCCGGGCAGAGGCGCUCCUCACUUCCCAGACGACGGGUGGCCGGGCAGAGGCGCUCCUCACUUCCCAGACGGGGCGGCCGGGCAGAGGCGCUCCUCACUUCCCAGACGGGGCGGCCGGGCAGAGGCGCUCCUCACUUCCCAGACGAGGCAGCCGGGCAGAGGCGCUCCUCACUUCCCAGACGGGGCGGCCGGGCAGAGGCGCUCCUCGCUUCCCAGACGGGACCCGGGCGAGGAUACACCUCCCUGGCUGCCGCUUUAACACGGGGCCGGCGGCUGCAGCCAAGCCCACUCAGCCUGGCCUCUUAGGCCGCAGCCGGGUGUCUCGCCUGGUCUCUGCCCUCCGGCCGUGCCCUCUCGACCGCUUGCACCGCCGGCCGCUCUCGCUCCAGCCCUGGCGGCCCCGGGGCCCACCCUACGCGGUCCCGCUGCAGCAGCCACAACCCGCGCGUCUUCCGGCGGGUUAUGAGCCCCGGCCGCCGGCUCCGCCCACAGGGGGCGGCCAUGGAGCCCUCCCUCUCCCGGGAAGCAGCGCGCGCCCUCGAACCCGGAAGCUGGAAGCCGCCCGAGCGCGCCCCCGAGGGCCGCCCGGAACCGUGGGUAGCGGCCACCCAGCCACACCGCCCCACGGUUCCUCACAGCGGUCCUUGGGAGACCUCCUUCAGCCUUUCCGGUGA